UUUUUUUUUUUUUUUAAGGAGUAUAACUACUGGUUUAGUUUUAAGUCGCUGCUAUGGGGGAUAUGGAAUCUCCCGACACGACACCACCAAGCCAGUCUGGAAUAAGGGCUCUCUUCCCGGACAAAGCUUUUGUUACUUCGCGGAAAGGGCAGCUGCUUAUUGCUGAAGUGGCUCUGUCCUUCAUCUGCUUCAUCUGCUUCGUGGCGUCGACCGCAGCAGCCUUUGUGACAGUGCCCCUCAUUGAGUUCCUCUUGGCUUUUUUCCUACUCUUCGCCUACUCCAGCAAGUUCAAUGAGCAAUUCAAGGGCUUCCAUUGGCCACUAAUGGAUUUCCUGCGCUGCAUCAGUGCCUCUGUUAUCUACUUCAUUAUUUCAAUAAUCUCCGUUUCAAAAUAUACUGACGCAGCAUCCAAAGCAGCUGGGGUGUUUGGGUUCAUAGCCACUAUAGUGUUUGCAUUGGAUUUCUAUGUCAUCUUUAACGAUCUGGCUAAUUUUCUGAAACAAGGCGAGACGACGGAACAGCCUACCACAGAAGACGACUCCAACUCUGAUUCUGACUAAAGCAAACUUUGGAUUGCCUGGACCUCCGCCCUGAUGAGGAAAUGGCACGAAGGCUGCCAUACUGAAGCUUUCUUCAUACUUUGCAGUACAUGAUAACGAAUGCAGUGUCCAUCGAGAACAGGUCCUUUUGUAAGAAAUGAGAAAGCUAGCCCAUUACAGUAAAUUAAGACACUUUAUAUGGUGGAGUCUGCUUCAUGACGCUGCUGCUGUGGAAAAACACAUCAAUGCAAAGCAGUUAAACCUUGCAAAUGGAAAAAGCCACACAAUGAGCUGUAGCAAGCACUGUGUUUAUCCAUUGUUGAUCUCAAAGGGGGGUUUCCAUACUUUAAAAGGGCACGCUAGAUUCCACAAAGACAAUCAAUGCCUUUUGAUGGAUAGCACCUUUCAGUUUGAAUUGUGGUGGGGAUUUUUCUGACAGUUUUUCCACAGUGGCAGCAUCAGAAGUGGCUUUAAUAUCUUCCUUAAAUUAAUGACAACCCAUCCUUUUAAAGCUGUUUGACCAUUGAGAACUGGCUGCAGUGUUCGUGACAGCACAAGAUUAUUAACCCAUUUUGUGUGUGUGUGUAUGUGUGUUUAAUGACUGAUUAACUGACACUAAAUGUCUCAUUUUAUACAUUUUUAAAAUUUUUGUAAUUUUUUAUGCCUUGUCAAAACGAAUGAAGAAUGAUAUAACCAUGUAAGUGAUUUUGCUGUAGUAAAAUAUACAGUUUAUAUUGACACUUUAAUAUUUGGUACACAGGUACAACACACACAUAUUUCAGACAUUGGGAAAACUGAAACUUGCUGCCUAGUAGUGUUUGUGCAUUGAAGUGUAGAAGUUUAGGUGGAGAUAAUGGUGAAAAGAUAAUAGUACAAAUGAUGGUUGAUGCCUCUCACUGUGACUGGUUUGCUUGACGAAUCUGUUUUUUUUACUUGUAUCUACUAGUGCUGUGUGGUUAGAAACAUGCAGAGAUUUAAGUGUAGUCAAUACUGUUAUUCACUAAUAAACAUAAUUCAAAA